GUGUUUUUCAUCUACUCGCGGUUAGAUCUUUUUGGGCUUCAACGUUACCCGUAGCUCCUGAUGUUGUCUUCUUCUCGAUGAUGGUCCAGCUCAGAGUUUCGUUGCUUUAAGUUCAGUUUUCUGUAUUGCUUGCCCUUUCUGUAAAAUGUGGGUUAUUUUGGUUUCGUCUUGGAUGUUUUAUGGAACUUGAAAUGUAACGUUGAUAAACAUUUAAAGAAAUCCCAGCUUCGUUAUCGGGGCUCGCGCUCCUCGGACACGUUACGGCGGGUUGAUAGAUGAGGAGCAGGCGGAUGUCAGCUGGAUCGUCCUCUGCAGAAUCCCCAAAAGUCUGUAAGGAGAAAGAGGUUUUGGUGGAUCUGCAGCGAUGUUCCACUGGGAGGGAGUCUGCUCUGGACCAGGAGGAACCAGAACCUCCACGGAUCAAAGAGGAGCAGGAGGAGCUGUGCACCACCCAAGAGGAUGAGCAGUUGGACGGGAAGCAGGAAGACAGGGCCUGUCUGCAUCCUCACUUCAAACCCAAACCUGAAGAGACGUUUGGAGUCUCUGAGAGUGAUGCGGUGCAGUCGGAGGAGGAGACGGAGGAGCACAGACCAUCGGAAAUCACCUGGAGACCAACCGAUCGACAUGUCCCACAGCAGCAUGAGUGUAAGGAUGAAGAGGAGGAUGAGGAGGUCAGAACAGAGGAGCCACCCUGUCUGCACUCCAGGCCUCAUCAUGAAGAAUCAGAAAAUCCACUAGCUGAAGAAGAUGGAUACAUCAACAGCGUGGAAUCUAACCAUUCAGAGGAGCAUUGUGGUGCUGACAGAGAUCUUCAUCUUCCUGCAGACACAGAGGUUCUUCCUGACUGCCAACUAUCCAGGAUCCAGGAGGAAAGGACGCCCCCGCCCAUGAAAGGUGAUCAUGAAGAUGUUGGCACGAGUGAAGAAAGCCGCCAGGUGAACCUGAAAGAUGAGGCCGACACCUUCACGAUCACGUUAUCCUACGAGGACAGCAAUUCCGAACCAGGAUCGGAAAACCAGGAUCACCAAGAAAGCAAGCUGGAGGAGGCACCUACAUAUGGUGAGCCAAACCCAAGGAAGAGGCAGAACAGAACCAAACUGACCCCCUACCUGUCAGAGACGGGCCACAACAACAGAGCCUCUAAAAACCUCACGCUGACAGAUUCGGAGAAGGGCCCCGGUGCUGAGAGCCUGCAUUACUGCAAAAUGUGUGGAAAAUGUUUUUUGAAAAAGUGUAAUUUGACAGCUCACAUAAGAACUCACACAGGAGAAAAGCCUUUUACCUGUGACUCCUGCGGUAAAAGAUUCAGUCAGAACAGCCAUUUACGAGUCCACAUGACCACUCACACAGGUGAGAAGUCCUACACCUGUAAGAUGUGUGAGAAGACGUUCAGCCGAAGCGUCAACCUGCUGCGCCACAUGCGGACGCACACGGACGAGAAGCCCUAUCCCUGCGACACAUGUGGAAAGAGGUUCAGUCAAAGCUUCGAUUUAUUGCGGCAUGAAAGGUCGCACACGGGCGAGAAGCCUUACCCGUGCACGAUGUGCGACAAGACGUUUAGCCAGCACUCCAACUUGCUGUAUCACACGAGGACACACACUGGCGAGAAGCCGUACUUGUGUGUAACGUGCGGAAAGCGCUUCAGUCAGAGCAGUCACGUGUGGCGCCACAUGGCGGUGCACGGAGGUGGAAAGUCACAGCACUGAGAUUCCUCAAGACAGGUCUGGAAAAUGACCGAGAACCAUGGAAACGUGGACCAACAAACCAGCACAUUUGGUAACUCGUCCAUGGAAUUGGCAGUUGGAGAAGCACGCUUCGUCAUUUCAGUGAUGGCGUCUGCUGCUUAGUGGACUUAAGGCACUGCAUUUAAUGCGCUUUGACCUCCUUACAAUCAGCUUCCUCAUCUGUUAAUGCCACCUGGGUUAUGUAGUAGUCUGGAAUUUGCAUGACGAGUGUUGCUCACGGGCAUCCUGACAAAGAAUCCCUCUCACUGAGCUCAUAAAGCUCCUGUUUCACCAACAUUUAUCAGAGCAGACUGCAUUCUUUGGUUCAGGGUUCUAUAUACCUGUAGCCAGUAAGUAGUACUGGCUUAUCAAGUACUUUUAUAGAUAAGUGAGUACUUUUGGCAAUGUAACAUCAGAAUAAUUUUGGUAAUUAACAAAAUAAUCCUAGUCAUAAGCCUGAAGCUAGAAGUGGUUUCCAUCUUUGAGAAUUGACAGAAGAUAAGGGUUGACAUACCAACCAGAAAUCAAAGUGGCAAUAGUAAAGGUUUUCUACCUUCCUUGAAGGCUCAAGGUGCUUCAAUGCCAUGUACACAUAGGGCCUGUGAUGGACGGUCAAGAAUGCCCUAAACAUGCAUUCUUGAACAUUCUUUUAGCAUAUGGUGUUUACACUAGAUCAGGGAUAGAUAACUCCAGGCCUCGAGGGCCGCAUUCCUGCAUGUGUUCCAACAUAGAAAACAAAAAAAAAAACAGAAGAAAAUGGAAUUUUAAAAUUCCUUUUGUGGACACAACUCUGAGACUUCAUGAAAUCAUGAGUGGAACCAGUUAGCUUCACUCGAACUGUAAACUGAUGACUUGGAUGGUUCUGGGAGGGGUUAUGAGUUUGGAAAAAUAGUUGUUUAUUUAUUUCAUGAAAGACAUAGAAUUACACAAACCUUUCAUACGGUUGGCACUUCCAUGAAUUUAAAAAGACUGUUACUCAUUUGUCACUAUCAAAUCUGAUUCACUUAUUGGUCAAAGUUCAACUGGUUUAACCUUGGACGCACGUUCAACGGGCGUGUGCUUUAUAUUUAAAACCCGAAAAUGGACUUGAAAAAAUGCAAAGCAAUGGGAUAACAUAAGAGUUUUAAACAUGGAAGGCCAAAUCGCGCUCUUAAGUGCAUUAUGCAGCCUUUUUAAGUGUAAGUGGUGAACACUUGUGUCUGAGCAUGGUGGGAAUGUAACAUUACAGUCACAGUACCAUUGAUCCAUGCUCACUAACACAGACACACUGAUGGUGACUCCACUGCCUUACAUGGCCCCAACUUGUAACCACCAGGAGAAAUGUGGGGUUCAGUGUCUUGCCCAUGGACACUUUGACAUGGGCAAGACUAAAACCAAGGUUACAAUCGUCCAUCCAGGAGUCAGCCAUUUUACCCCUGGACCACAGCCGUCCCCCAAAAAGAAAAGAAGGGCAUUGUAGAAAAAAAACAACUGUCUGUUGUUUGAGAAUUUUCUUACAGCUUGUCCAGAAUAAACGAGGUUACAUGAAUAUUGAGAAAAUGCUUAAUUUUUUCUUCCAGUUUGUCUUUGUUUCCUCUGAGAAAACAAGAGGAGCAGAAGUGCAUUGGAAUAUGACAGAAUUUGUUACCAUUUCAAAAUAAAUAUUUUUAUGAAACGUC